GCAGCAAAACGUUUCAUAAAUAUAGAAGGCGCUUGAAGUGUUGAGGUGUUCAGGUUCUUGGUCGUCAGAGACGAUCAGGAGGGAAUGGAGCUGGAAGUAGGGAUGUAAUUUUCGGGAACAUGAUUCAUGCAAGUAACAUAGGCCAAAUAUGUUCUGUCAUCACGCUGUGAAUUGCAAGAUGUGAUUCAACAGUAUACAUGUCGCUCCUUAGGAGACGAAUAUCUGGAUGAUGUUACAGCAGAUCUUUUAAGCCUAACUCUGUGUGACUAAAAUUCUGGCAGUAUAAAUAUUGAUAUGAAAAAUCCAAGUCUUCAGAACAGUCCAAAAUCAAACUUUGAUAGUAGUUCUGUGCCUACAGGGAAGGAUACUCAAUCAGAUUCUCUUCUAGUCAUUUUUAAUUCCCAUUCAGAGGAGAAUUCAGUCUUUUCAAGUAUUGAAACACUGACACACUGCAGUGAUGUAGGACUUAGCAAAAUGUGUGAUAUUUCUAGUCAGAAAGUUACGAGAGAUUCUGAAACAUUAUAUAACAGAAUUGAAGAAUUAAAUUUGACCUCACUGGAAGAAACAACUUUGCAACACAGUACUAAUACACGAAACAUUCAUGGAUUUACACAGCCACAUACUAAUCAAGACAAAAAUAAAUCCUUUGCCAAAUGUAAACACUCAUUGUCAUUGCAUGAUGUUUCAGCACUUCCAGACUUCCCACUGAAAUGCAAAUCCCGUAAUUUUUCUUCAGAUACAAUUCAGACCCAGUCUGUCAUAACCAUAUCAUCAGGUCUGAAAUCAAAAGACUCAGGCUUGCCUAGAUCAGUGAGCUGUUUGAGCUUGAGCAGUGAUAGAAAGAGCUAUGAACAUAUCCAAAGUAAAGUCAAGGAAUACAUUAGACAAAUCAAGGAAGCAGAUGAAAGGAAUAAAUCUCUCAAGUUAGGUGACGUUUCUGACAAAAGUAUACAUGCAGAUGAUGUGAAUUAUGUCAGUGAAAAAGCGUCUGUAGCAUCAGAGGAAACAUUGACAGCAGUAAUAAAAGACCUUCACUAUGAACUCCAAGACAAGGAAAUACUUCUUUCAAAAUUGCAAGAUAAUUAUGAUAAAUUGUUAAUUAAAUAUGCAGAAGCUGAAAACAGAAUUGAUCAAUUGAGAUUCAAGGUAAUUGAUCCUUCAUUAGAAUUUGCUGGCCGAAGGGAAGAACAGUAUCAUCCAGAGAGUUCAGUAUUGAACCGUGCAAAGAAGUAUACUUUUUCAUAUAAUGGAGAAUCAGAUAUGAAGGUAGAUGCUAAAUCACUGGCCUCAGACAUAAAAGAUUCACAUUUGAGCAAAAUCAGUGCUUAUAAUGACAAAAUAAUAUCAAAUGAAAAUCAGUGCUCAUCAGCAGCUCUCUUCAGUGAACGGGUUACAAGGCAGAAUGUACCUCUGAAUCCUCUUGUUAAACUUUAUAGCAGCUCAGUAAGAUUAGGUAAAAGAGUGAAGCCUCUUCCACGAAACUCUCAAGCAAAAACUUCUGAAGAAUCGUUUAAAUCAAAAUUGUCUGUCUUAAGUAGGAUGUCAAAAGGAAGAGACCACUGUAGGUUGCGGUGCAAGGGCCGAGGAGGCCUACCCCUCAUACAUUCAAGAUCAAAGUCAGAAGGGAUGCAUGGAAGUUCAGUGACACAGUCAUGUGAGCAGUUAGGCAAUGCAAUGUGUUCCUACCAGAAGAAUGUGUGUUGUCAGUGUAUGGGAAAUGAUGGUACAGCCCAAGGAGCUAAAUGUGAUCCUGAUGAACUGUGUGAAGAUGUGGGUGAAUUUGGCCUUUCACAAUCCAGACAACAUAGAGAAAUUCCAAUGGAAUCUGAAAUAGAGAUUUCUAGUUAUUGUAAAGAGCCAUUGCUGUGUAAAAGGUCAUUGGAACAAAGUGGCUCAGACUACCUACAAAAUACUUCUUUUGAAAAGGUUUCAAGAUGGCAAGAAUCCUUACCACCAGUUGAAUUAAUUGAGCCGAACUGUUAUGAAAGCUUUGAUUGCCAUAGCAAUGGAAGUAAAACAGCCAGUCACAAUUUCAUAAAGAAAUUUGUCUCUCCUGGUGGUCGGGACAGUGGUUGUCCGCAUUCUGAAUUGUGCAGUUCUUCAGUUCAGCCAAAUCCAGUCAAUUUUUCUGCAUCACAAGCAACAAAAUGUCAGACUGUUCUUGAAGCCAAAGACAUGUCUUUGCAAACUGAACGAGAAAGAGUUGCUCAGCAUACAGACCACAGUGUUGCAUUCCAGUCAUUACCCUAUAAUAUAACUAUUUCAGAUGAUGGAAGAAUGUUAGAUAAUUGUGAUGAUUUGCAUUUGCUGGUCAGUGUUUCAGACAGUAUGAAUCAAAAUGAAUGUUCACGAAACACAGUGGUACCAAAAUUUCUUAAUAUUGAUUCAUGUGAAUGCUGGGAUCUAGAAGUGAAGCCGUCAGGUGACAUUACAAACUCCAGUGCUUCACUACCUCCAUGUGAUCAGAAACGAAAGAAUAUAUUUCCAGAUUUCCAUGUACCACCAUUAAAACUUGGUAGUUUGGUAGAUGGUGAUGACAGUGAUGCAAAUAGUGUUCAUAGUACAAACAGUAGUGGCAUGACUCUUGUUUCAGAAAGUAAAGAAACAUCAAAAGCUGACAUACAUUAUUCUAGCUAUGAAGAAAGUUUGAAUUGCAGUUGUCAGGGAACAAGCGAAGGCAUUACAUAUCCACCCAGCACGUACAUGACUUCUGAUUCUCAAGCAUUUAAAACGCUGAACAAAGGGAAGGUUUCCAAUAGUAAAAUAUGUGUGUCUUUAUCCAGUGCAUCUGAUACAGAUUUUCAGGAAGGGAAUUGUAACCUUGGGAAAGAGGCAGAAAGAAAGCAACAUAAUAAUGUACAUCCUGUAAAGAAUUGUGUUUCUGAAAGAAGAAUGAAUGAUACCACAGUUCAGAAUGAUUCCUUGGAAGGUUCAAUUGCGACUUCUACAACAUACAGAAGUAUACAACCAUACAAAACAGUCGGAGAAAUAAAACAUGCCUCAUCACAACAGUACUGUGGAAGUAACCCUACCCGUCUUGAUCAAACAGUUGACCACAAUAUUUUGAAUUACAUUCCUGUUCACAUGGAAGGGCAUGAGUCCUCGGCUAAUCAUGCUCUUGGAGUAAUGGAGUCAGACAUGUCAAGAAGAAAAUUAUUGGGCUCUGCUUUAAGAUACCUUUUGUUAGCAUUCUUCAGUACUGAAAAGUGUCUUGAUAAUGGCUGCAUAUGUCACAGAUCAUCAUCAAAGCCAGUGACACCAAGAAAUCACGUUCGUCAUGUAGGUACUCAUGUAAAUUUGACUUCAACAUUGAGUGACCCUGUUUGUGGAGCAAAGAGAAUUCUUGCCAGUGAUGGAGUUGUAAACAGUGUUAUGGAAGCUGCAAGCAGCAAGGGUUCAGAUUCCAUCAGUGGCAGGAUGAAUGAUGCGAGUUCUGUGGUAGUUUCUGAGGACCAGUCUGUGGAAAAGGCGGAAUGUAAUCUGUUGAAAUGUCUUCAUGAAAUGGACCUCUGUGCUCAGCAGCUGAAGGCAAGAUCAGAAACAAUAUUAAAUAUUUUGGCUGUGCAACUAAAACCUGGUUCCUGAAUAAUUGUGCAAGUUGAGGCAUUUGUGGACGGUAGUACGUGUUUUAUUUAUAUUUGUUUAGAUUUGUUAUUAAAACAUAUGGAAUAUAAUUUCUUAAGUGUACAUAAAGAUAUGCAAAAUAAAGUGUUUCUUAAAAUUUUA